AUGACAAGGACAUCGAAGAAGAGCAACAUAAUGAAUCAGGAGGCAGUAGUUGCAGCAACAGCAGCAGCAACAACAGCAGCAACAGCAGCAACCGUAGCAGACACAACAGAGGCAACAGAAUCCGGAGGAGGCGGCGGUAUUACGGGCAGCUUGGUGCUGACACCUCAGCAGAUCAACGGACUGCCCGUCUACAGUCAAUUGGAGGACGGCGGAAGAUCGGCGGCGGGCACAUACAGCGGACAAUUUGCCUACUUUUAUCCGCACGAUGGCUCGGCGCCCAGUGUGUUGCUGCUGGGCGAGGACUCAUACCUCAAUGUGACCGAGCAACAGGAGCAACAGCAAGUCCAGUUUGUCUAGAAGGAUGUCGAGGGAGAGAGAGAGGGAGAGAGAUUAGAAAGAGAGAGAGAGAAGGAGAUGAGGGUCAUUCAUGUUGGCUUGCCCUGUCUUGCCCCUAUGUAUACUGUUUCGAUUACUGUUGUUAAUUCGUCGUUAUUCAUUCGGUUGGCUAAUUCUUUUCGUUAUCUGUGUACGAUGAGAGGUCUUAACUUAACAACAGCUCCUUUUCUAAUGCAAUUCAAUCGAUAUAUGUGUAUAUAUAUAUAUAUUCAAUGUGACCCAAAUGUCGACUUGCAAGAAGACUUUCCCACCACCGACACCGACACAGACACAGACACCGACACCCUUGGCACACGCUCCUACUUUAAUAAUAUAUACAUGCCUGCAGACUGAACAUUCAGCCGCUGUUAGAUGUUGUUAAAGAGACUCUCAUGCCGCUAACCCGCAUACCAUCCAAAACCCAAAAUAAGCCACGCCAAGAUGGAUUGAAAACGAUUUCGAAUCGAACCUAUCAUAGUUAAGGAUUGUCACUAGGCUCCUCUCAACGUUACUUGUGUGUCUACAACUAAAUUUCAAUUUGUAAAAUCAAAAAAAAAAAAAUCAAAAAUUACCAAAAAAAUUAGAAAGGGAAACACCAAAUGAAAAAACUAAUGUAAUGCCAAAAUUCAAUUUGUUAGCUCGGUCCAAAAUCGUUUUCAUCUUUUUCCAACUUUGCCCAUGAUCAUUUUUUUUUUUUUGUAAUAAACAAAACCC